UUUCUUUGGAUCCUCUGCUAUUGGGAUCCGUAUAGUACAUUAGUAGUUCGAAAAAAAAACUUUUCUUUGUUGUCAAUAACAUUUUUUGAACAUUUUCUCGCUGGAUUUGAAUAUUUGAACGAUGUAUCGAUCGACCAUAUUUAUGAGCUUCAUUUUGAUCACGACAUCGUUAGAGUUAAGAAGAAAUUAUGAAGGAUACAGCGCGGAACUUGAUUCCUCCGGAUUAUACGAUAAGGUUCUCAAUCAAACGGGACAUCGAGAGUCUAUUAAAAAUGCAACUUUUCUACCAAAAAUAACGAAGCAGGGAAACAGCGUGCUUGUUUCAGAGGCUAAUUCGAUUAAUAAUUCUGCACGAACCCCUCCUCAAAGUGAAGACUCCGUGGGAGCUGAUGAUCCCGACUUCUGGAAAAUAAAAGAGCAGUUUUCAUCCAAGGAACAAGAACUGCACUCCCUAGGAUUGUUUUUGGGGCUGGACCACCCUGCACAGUUUGUCGCUACUUUUAAUAGACAGUCGAAAGAAGCGAAACGAUUGGCGACAUUUGCACACGCUGCUUUAGCAGGCUCCACUGCAUUACAAAAACAGCUUGCCAAUGGUUCAACUGUCUCCAUCAGUCGUCAGAACACUGAAAGAAACGUGCUCGCUGAACAGUGCCCACGGAGGGGAGUCCCUCAGUGUCCACCAGCCAGCUUGAGGUUCAGAACCGUUGAUGGAAGUUGUAACAAUCUUAGGGAGUUGUGGUGGGGUUCUGCCAUGUCAACAAUGGUAAGAUUUGUGCCUGCCGCUUAUCACGAUGGAAUACAAGAAAUUAGGCGUUCAGUUAACGGGCAUCCUCUCCCCAGUCCCAGAGACGUUUCAAAUAUCAUUCACGAAGACCGAAAUGUUUCUCUGGACACGAUAACACACAUGCUGAUGCAAUGGGGCCAGUUCGUUGAUCAUGAUAUUACUGCUACAGCACAGAGUACCGGAUUCAACGGUCAGUUUCCUCAGUGCUGCCUGAACGGCGGAAUGGGAUUCCUACUCCCAGAAUUUAUGCAUCCGGACUGCCUCCCAAUACCCGUGUCUCCACAGGACAGUUACCUUGGCCCAUUGGGAGUGCGAUGUUUGGAAUUCGUACGGAGCAGUCCAGCCCCCAGGGAAAAUUGUGCUUUCGGAUCUAGGGAACAACUGACCCAGGCCACGAGCUACCUGGAUGCCUCCAUGGUCUAUGGCAGCAGCGUUGAACACAGUGACAACGUUCGUCUCUUUCGUCACGGCUGGCUGCAGUACGGAUUGCUUCAAGCCCAUCAACCUGCGUCAUCGCUUCCUGAGACUGAUUCCUGCAGGCAAGGCUCUGUUUCGACAAAGUGUUUUAAGGCUGGGGAUGGUCGAUUGAGUGAACAGCCAGCUCUCAUGUCCCUGCACAUCAUAUUUUUGAGAUUACACAACGGAAUUGCCACAAAACUGGCAGCAAUAAAUGCGCACUGGAACGACGAAAAAUUGUAUCAGGAAGCCCGACGCAUCGUUGGAGCCUUGGUACAGUUGAUCACGUAUCGAGAAUAUUUGCCAAUUGUUCUUGGACACGACAUAACUCGAAUCUACGAUCUGCAGAUUGAGAAAGAAGGUUAUUACAAAAACUAUGACCCAAGCAUCAAUCCGACGAUUGAGAACACUUUUUCAACCGCUGCCUAUCGCUUCGGUCAUUCUUUGGUACAAAAAAACUUCAUCAGAGUCGAUGGCCAGCACGAGUUGAUAUUCAACAAUGUUACGAUUCACGAAGAAUUUAGCAACCAACAAAAUUUACAUGCUCCUGGAUCGCUGGACCGAUUGUUACUUGGACUCGUAAACCAACCCUGUCAGAGGCGAGAUGAAUUUAUAACGUCAGAAUUGACGAAUCAUCUCUUCCAAACUCCGAGCUUCAAGUUCGGCAUGGACUUGGCAGCUAUUAAUAUUCAAAGGGGACGAGACCAUGGAAUUCGAACCUACGCGGAGUGGAGGUCAAUUUGUGGCUUGACGCUCAUCAGACAUUGGAUUGAUUUUCAACGAGUGACAUCAGCCUCGAUAGCUCGGAAAUUCCGAAAACUUUAUGAUUCCGUUGAAGACAUCGAUUUGUUUUCCGCUGGCUUGGCAGAGAAGCCGGUACGCGGUGGUCUGGUUGGACCCACCUUUGCCUGCAUCAUCGCUCAACAAUUUAGUAAUCUUCGAAGGGGCGACAGAUUCUGGUUUGAAAAUGAAAAUCAAGAAAAUAGCUUUACUCCCUUGCAAUUGAAACAAAUCAAACGCGUUACACUUUCUCAGAUACUUUGUUAUACGACAGACGACGUUCAAACGAUCCAACCUUUUGUAUUUCUUGCUCCCGAUCGCCUAAAAAAUAAGAGACUUUCCUGUGACAACAACAACUUUCAUCAACUCAAUUUUCAUGCUUGGGCUGACAUUUUUCCCGAACAUCAAAUCAAGCAUUUGACUGGAAAUCAUCAGAUUUAUCCUGGCAAAUAAUUUUGCAAAUCCACUAUCUCCUUUCUUCAUUAUCAACCCUGAAUCGCUAUUCAAUUACAACUUUCGUCGUCACUACCCUGGGUCUUCGCAACUCAGGCAAACUGGAGGCUCGUAACUUCACAGAAAUUCUUCGUUUCGUCAAGUGACUUCGUAUUGUGAAACACAGACUGAUCCAUCCAUUUAAAUCAAUAACGAGAGAAUCGAGAACUGACUUCUCUGUGUGGGCCAAAAUGACCCGUUGGUUAGUAACCUUGGAAACGUUGUAGGUAUUUUAUCAUUUCAUUAUACCAACAUCAUGUGUAUAUGACAAUACUCAAAUAUAUUUUUUUCGAUAAUAA